GAGGAGGAGGAGGAGGCGCCCCCUCGGUCUUCCUCUCCUCCUUCCUCCUCGGCGGGGCUCCGGGGAUGAUGCGCUGAGGAGGAGUCGGAAGGGCCGCCAGAGGGAGCAGAUGGCCGCCGCCCAGGCCGAGCCUCCCGCCGCCGCCGCCGCCGCCGCCUGGUGGAAUUGCUUUUUCCUUUUCGAUGGCUCCAAGGUGAAGGAAGAAGGGGACCCCACGCAAGCCGGGAUUUGCUAUUUCAGCCCACGCCAGACGCCUCUGGGGCAGCAGGAGCUGCUGUGCAGCCAGGUGGCAGGCGUGGUCCGCUGGAUGGCCGAGAUCUCGGGCUCUCCGCCGCAGCUCAUUCGUCUGAGGAAGCUCAAGUUUGCCGUGCGUGUGGAGGGCAGCUACCUGUGGGUGCUGGGCUGUGCUGCCGACCUGCCGGAUACCAGCUGCCAGUCCUUCCUGGAUCUCUUGAUUGGGCUCUUCUGCUUUUACAACGGCUCCCUUCCUCAAGCUUACAAGGAGCGGCUGCGGGAAGAGCUGGACCGGGAGUGGGAGAGGUACGUGAGGCACGUGCAGCACAACACCAGCGACCUGCACCGGAUCUUCAACUCCCUUUGGGCCAUGGACAAAACCAAAGUAACGCCUGCCAGGUUUCUGAAAGCGGCCCUGAUCCUCCAGACGUGCCAGCGUGCCCUCCACGUGCUGGCUGGAUGCAUCAGCUACAAGGGGCUGGUUGUCAGCACACAGCUGCCACCCGGCCUCACGGCCAAGGUCCUGUUGCAAGAGGCAGAGGCCAACCCUGAGGGUCUGCCAGCGAACGGAGGAGGCCAGCUGCAGGAUCAGGAGCGCAUUCAGCUGCCCCUCGAAGGUUCCUGUCUACCUCAGGGGGUCCACAUCACCCCUGUUUACCUCUUAGAAAAUGAAGCCGCCGCAUUGCGGGACUUCCCCCUGGAGUGGAUGGCCCGGAGUCCGGGGGGACCGGGCGCAGCGUCAGCAGCCAUCAGCAACGGGCCCGGCGGGGCAGCUUUGGUGAGGAUGGCCUUGUACGUCCACCGCGUCCGAGGCCUGGUGCUGGCUCUCCUGGCGGAAGAGCCGUUUGCGGAGAGCGAGGGCUCCAUCGAGGACGUGUAUCACAGCAGCCUGGCCUCGCUGAACGGCUUGGAGGUCCACCUCAAGGAAACCCUUCCGAAGGACGGCCCCUCCUCGGUCAAGAGCUCCUAUGGCUUUGCGCACUACGACUCGAUCCAGAAUGUUCUCACCGCGAACUUCCUGCCAGCCGCCGGCCCCCAGGACCAACACUUCCUGCGAGCCGUGAGCUUGCUCCACACGGACUUUCACCAGCUGCCAACGGUGUCAGAAAUCACUGUCCGGAACGCCUCCACCGCCGUGUACGCCUGCCGGAACGCUGUCCAAGAGACGUACUUCCAACAGCUGGGCUCCCCCCUCCGCAAUUCAGGGGCACCCAAUCCCCGGGACAGUGCCUUCACCCUGCCCUCCAGGGCCAAGCAGAAGCUGCUGAAGCACGGCGUGAACCUGCUCUGAGCUGGCCAGGUGGCCCCCAGCGCAAAGAAGCCAGCCUUUGAACCUGGGGCAAAAGUGCCUUUCUUUUUUGAAGCAGGUGUGGGGCGGUGGGGGGAGGUCAUUCCACACUGGAUGAUACACCUCCUUACAGUUGUGCUUUGUCCAAGAAGGCACAGCCUUCCUGGUGGGGGUUGGGUGGCCUCCCCCUCCCCCUCCCCAGCUUCGGCAGCUGCAGGCGGGAAGGGUGGAAGGCGUCUUCUCGGGAGUUGCGCCGUUCUUCCCAGCUGAGACUGAAGGCCGCAGCUUCCUGCCUCCCGGAGGGAGGAGACGAGUCCACACCCGCAAGAACGCUACAGCCCGCUGUCUUGAAAGCUCUCUGAAUCUGCAAAGAGUGGCCACCUGGGGGUGGAAGGUUUUCAGACAUGCCCUUGCAGCCGCACGUGCAAGUGAGAUGAGACCUUGCAGGAUGAGACCUGGGUGCUCUUCUCCGUGGCUGUGGGGGAGAGUCUCUGCCUUCCCCUCUCACAGAAGGUUUAACUGCUGGCCACGUCUGUCAUUUAUGCGUCCUGACUGCUGAUACCAAAUGUUUGGCAUGGACCACGCUCACACACACACACACGCCCUUUCCCGGGUGGGGAUGGGGGACUCUCAAUGGGAGGGGAAAGGAAAUAUGUUUCAUGGGGGGCAGACUUUUUGUACACAUGCAGGGGGAGCACUGAUGUAAUAAAAGCUUCCCGCUCCA